UAACACCCCUUUUGGCGAGUGAAUGGUUUGUGCCGGUGGGUCCUGCUAGCUCUGUUGAAAAUUCAGUCAGCUGCAUUGAAAAGGCUGAUUCAUGAUGAGUGACGGAGACUCGAACCCAGCUGCCACCCCCACAGCGGCUGCUGACCUGCACGGAGACGGACGCUGGCUCUCCUUGCAUCACCGCUUCGUGUCGGACAGCAAGGACAAGGAGCCAGAGGUCCUGUUUGUGGGAGACUGUCUGGUCCAGCUGCUGCACCAGUUCGAGGUUUGGCGGGAGCUCUUUUCUCCUCUCCACGCCCUCAAUUUCGGAAUGGGGGGAGACUGCACGCAGCAUGUUCUGUGGAGGCUGCAGAACGGAGAGCUGGACCAUAUAAACCCAAAGAUUAUAGUGCUCUGGGUGGGGACCAAUAACCACGGAGACAGUGCUGAGCAGGUCGCGGAAGGAAUCGGAGCCAUCGUCAGACUGAUCCACGGCAAGCAGCCCACAGCCAAAGUCCUCAUACUGGGUCUCCUGCCUCGUGGAAGGAGCCCCAACGCUCUGCGGGUGAAGAACGCCCGCGUGAACCAGCUGAUCCAGGAGGCCCUGCCCUCCCUGCCUGGCGCCUCCUUCCUGGACGUGGACCCCGGCUUCGUCCUCUCCGACGGGACCAUCUCCCACCACGACAUGUACGACUACCUGCACCUCACCCGGGCCGGCUAUGCCACCGUGUGCCAGCCCAUCCACACCCGGCUGCUCGCCAUGCUGGAGCAGCAGAAAAUAUAACCAAGCACCGAGACAACCAAUCCAAACAUGUAACGCCCGUGGAAACUGUUCUGUCUGAUCUCCGACCCUGCACACACCCCCACCCCUCUGUUCCCUCCUAGCCCUGGCUUGGUGUUAGUCUCCUUCUCCAAGCUCACUGGAGCACCCCCCUGCAAAGCAAGAGCUCUUUGUGAAGUCCAAAUUAAAAAAUAAAAAAAAUAAAAAAAUCAGAACAGACCUCAAAGCUGAGGGGGACCCCCUUGUUCUGCUUAACCCCUCUCCCGGCUCUGCCCUCUGUUCCCUCCAGUUUAGAAACAACAAGAAGCCCGCUGACCACACCAGGGGAGCAUCGCGAGGCAGCUUCUUGAGAGAGGG